AAACAAUACAAUAUAUAACCUCUAAAUAGAUAAACACAGAUUCGUCUAUCUAAACUAAACUAGGAUAAAAAUUAAAACAUUAUUAUGCUCAACUCGUUAACCAAAUUUAUGUUUACAAAACAAUGUUCAACUUUGUUUAGAUGUCAGCGAUAUGCUUCUCACAAACGUUUUUACCGGAGGACUGACAUAAUACAGAAUGAAAAGAAAUGGGAGGUUACCUUAGAUCACCGUAGAUUGAAGACUCCAAACGGUCGGGUACUGGCGGUUAACACAGAGCCACUAGCGCGGGCCAUCGCCGCAGAAUGGGAUGCUCAAACCGAACAUAUAGCUCAGCCAACAAUGCACUUGACAGCAUUGUGCAACACAGCGUUAGACAAUCCAGGAAAAAUCAACUCUCAUGACAUCACAAGCUACCUACUCGAUUUUAUUGCUACAGACACACUACUUUUUUAUUCUGAUGAAGAAGAAUUAAGAGCACUUCAAGAGGAAAAAUGGGAUCCUGUAUUAGAGUGGUUCUGCAAGAGGUUUAAAGUUAAACAAGAAGUGUCCAAGAACUUGGAGCCUCCACCAAUCACAACGGACACCAGAGCUGUACUUGCACGACAUUUCUUGUCAUUUGAUUUCCCUGCUUUAAAUGCUAUGUGCUUUGGUGUGGAAGCUCUAAAGUCCCCCAUACUAAUGCUGGCCUGUGUGGACAGGUAUUUAGAUGCAAAGGACGCUGUCCUAUUGGCCAGAUUGGAGGAAGAGUUCCAGCUGUCGCGCUGGGGCCGCGUGCCGUGGGCGCACGAGCUCAACCAAGCGGAGCUGACGGCGCGAGUGGCGGCCGCGUUGCUCGUCAUACACAGCUCCAGCGAGCGGCAUUCGGCAACGCAGAAGCAGUCACGGGAACAAAGCGUAUAAACAAACUGUACCUCGGCCAAAGCGAGACAGUGACGAGAACAAAGCGUAGUAUAACACAAACUGUACGUCGGCCAAAGCGAGACAGUGACGAGAACAAAGAGCAUAAUACAAUAGGGAAAGGCCUAACCUUACAAGCCGGCAGUUUACUUAUAUCCAAAAAAAUCUUGAUAAUUUUACUAUAAUAACGAAAUUACUUUAUCAAAAAAAGUUUGCUACAAUGAUUUACGACAUUUUUACGACAAUUCAUCUUUAAUUUUGUACCCUACGCCGAUGGACAUUCCCCUUUUAAUGAGUACAUCGGCCACGGCGAAAUGUCACGAGAACAAAGCAUACCUAUAACACAAACACAGAACACAAUCUGUACUUUAACAAAAAAUGUGUUAGGAGUAGGUAUAACUAUGUAGUAGACGGGCCUAGAAUAUUAUGGACUAUCAACUCUAAUCCUGCCUUAUAAUGUUUUUUCUGAGUGCUCGGUUCAUGCUCCUAUUUAGGUAGAGAAUAACGUAGUAGAAGUAUAGGUAGUAAUUACGUCUAUGAAAACCAUGAAGAAGGAUUCAAUUGAAUUGUGUAAUUAUGUCUAAACUCACGGCUAGUGUUGUUCUGAUGAAAAAUGAAUAGGUAAUCUUAAUAGUUGCAUACUAGUUAAUUUAUAGAUAUUAUGUUUAUAUUUAUUUGCUCAUUAUUUAGUUAUUGAAAGUUUUCCUGUAUUUAAAAAUAAAGUGUUUUUGUAUACGCUUACCACCUGUGAAAUUACCUACUUGUAUAAUCAAGCUGAAUUUCCAAUUUUUAGUUUACGUGUUAGAUAUCUACUUCACCUGCUGUGAAUUUUGUCGAUACAGUAUAUUUUGUACAUAAAAAAUAAAUGUUUUGAAAUAUAUAA